AGAUUUCUAAAGUAGCUGUUUUGGUAACAUUUGUGAAUUAUUACCACAAUGGAUUUUCACUCUAAUGUGACCUAAGAAGACGAAUACAUUUUUCUUCGUUUAUUAUAACCCAGCCACAAUGAUGUUCCACAACUAUAACAAUGAAAUGAAUUUAAUUAUCAGCAACAACAACAACUACUACUCAGCCACUCUACAGGAAGAGAUUUUUAUAUAAACGCCUACGACAACAAAGAAGACUUACAAAUGUUCUGUAAUUUAAACAAAUAUUUUUGAUGUGUGGUUAAUUAAGGUCUGAACCGCACUCAUACACACCUCCACACCAAAAACCACACACUCACAUAAUUCUUUGACCACAUCAAAACUUCAUUGAAAGAAAGGAAGAAAAAGAAACAAAACAUCAACAACAACAACAGCCGCUGCAAAAGGAUACAAAGCAGAAGAAGGGAGAAAUUAUACAACACUUAGCUAGCCACUUGCAUUUACACAGAUACACACACACACACUCACUUACUCACUGUGUGUGUGAACACUUUUACUUAUCACUUUGAUAAGACGACAGUUGUAACCACACACACACACACACACACACAUACUUACACAAAAAGAACUCAGAGUGGCUCCAACAAACGCAAAAUGUGUUUUCAACAACAUCCGGAAGAGUGGCUGCCAUCAACAAAGUCCUCGACAGCAACAACAUCAUCAGCAUCAGCAACAACAUCGUUAUUAGCAACUAAAACUGUAACACAAACACAUUCCAUCUCCGAAACUAUUUCUCAUUCAUCAUUACCCACAACAACAACAAGAAGAGCAACACCAAGCAAAGCAAAUGCAACUGAAACAAUUUCAGCCACAUUAAAGAGAGUGCCAGACUUUGUGAGUUGUAGCCACCAAGAUACAACCACUUUCACAUCAACAACAGCAACAGCAACAACAACAAGAUGGCAACACAACCAUCAACAGGAGCAACCAGCAAGAGUGGGGAAGAGGCGGUCACACUUUAAUGCCAUAAUGUCACCCACAUCCAUCAGAUCCAUCCGCCGCCACCCACUCUUAAUACUCUUAGCCAUCAUCUGCCUUACAGUACAAAUCUCCAGUGCGUAUCUGAUAAUUGUCCAUGAAGAUGCUGCACCUGGAACGGUGAUAUUCAAUGCGUCGGUGUACAAAUUGGGCUCGGAGCGCCAUUACAAAAUUAAUGCCCACAAAUCGGCCCAUUUUGUACAUCAUCUAGUCUCGGUCAAUCACAAGGAUGGCCAGAUACAGCUGAAGAAAUCCCUGAAAUGUGAUGGAAUCUAUUAUCCGAAUCUGUUCACCUUCUAUGUGGACUCGACAUCGAAUCGUUUGCGUAGCAUUGACUAUUACAGUUUGCCCAUACGGAUAUUUGUGUCGGGCCACACGUGCAACGAAGAUCGUAGGGUGGAGGAGGAAAUUCAUGGCCGACACUAUGAGGAGGAGGAUACAGGCUAUUCGAAACGUAGACGUCGAAGAUUUAUUGAGGAGCUCGACCCGUUGGAAGAAUAUGAGCGCAGUUAUGGCGAGUUUCGGGACACAAACAGGCAAAGCAAUUCGCUAACACUCCAACCGUACAGCCACAACCAUUCCCUCAAUGAAUUUCGGGAUGGUGAUCUCAUUUUUGGCAACUCCUUUGACAAUGAAAUGCGCCACCGGAUUUUGAGUCGCAAACGUAGAUCCAUGCUCUCCCUGGAAACAUCCUCACCAUCUUUCUCCUCUUCUCUGUCCUAUGGAAAUUUACAUCGCCGCAUUUCGGAGGCCAAACAAUGGAUAUCUGAAACCUAUGCCUCCUAUGCCAUACACACCACAGAUAAAUGGAACCAAAUCUGCCUGCGAAAAUCCCAGUUCAUCAACAAUCUGAAUGCCUUUCUGCCACGUUCCAUAUGCCAGCAUUGCAAGGUCAACUUCCUCGAUGUGAACGAUGAACGUUUUGUGAUCGAACAUCAAAAUCGUGAUUUGGUGGCCAGUCGUGAUGUUUGCAUUCAUGAAUCGAUGUGGAAGGUUAGUAUAACCUUCAACAUACGCUGUGAUCGCAGUGACAUCGUGGACUCAGAUCAUCGUCUGAAAAUCGUCUACCACUAUCAGGAAUUCAAUGACACCGACAUUGCAAAACGUGUAAGGCGAGAGCUGCGCAAUCAAUCGCCCUACUUCGAGCAGGCCUUAUAUGUGGCCUCGGUGCUGGAAGAACAGCCAGCGGGGUCUAGUGUGACCACAGUGCGAGCCCGUGAUCCCGAAGAUUCUCCCGUAGUCUAUUCAAUGGUUUCCCUUCUCGAUUCGCGUUCUCAAUCUUUGUUUAAGGUGGACUCAAGAACUGGUGUUGUCACCACAUCGGCCAGUUUGGAUCGUGAAUUAAUGGAUGUUCAUUAUUUCCGGGUUGUCGCCACCGAUGAUAGCUUUCCACCCAGGUCUGGCACGACAACGUUACAGGUUAAUGUUCUAGAUUGCAAUGAUCAUAGUCCCACCUUUGAGGCGGAACAAUUUGAAGCGUCGAUACGUGAGGGAGCCACCGUGGGAUCCACUGUCAUAACCUUGAGAGCUACGGAUCAGGAUAUUGGCAAAAAUGCCGAAAUUGAUUAUGGCAUUGAGAGUAUAACAGAUGGCACUGGAACGCUACAAGAUCAAGAGAUUCCCAUCUUUCGCAUAGAUGCCCGUACUGGUGUUAUUGCAACACGCACCUCCUUGGAUCGGGAGACUUCGGAUAGUUACAACAUUAUAGUGACCGCAUCGGAUAUGGCUUCGGCUCAGAGUGAGCGUAAAACAGCCACAGCCAGUGUUUUAGUAAAAAUCCUGGAUGACAAUGAUAAUUAUCCGCAAUUUAGUGAACGCACCUAUACAGUCCAAGUUCCGGAAGAUCAGUGGGGCGACGAUAAUGUGGUGGCUCAUAUCCGGGCCACCGAUGCUGAUCAGGGGAAUAAUGCAGCGAUACGUUAUGCCAUAAUUGGUGGUAAUACCCAAUCACAAUUUUCGAUUGAUUCAAUGAGUGGUGAUGUGAGUUUGGUAAAGCCCCUUGAUUAUGAAAGUGUUCGAUCGUACCGUUUGGUAAUUCGAGCUCAAGAUGGCGGCAGUCCAUCAAGAAGUAAUACGACACAGCUGUUGGUUAAUGUCAUCGAUACGAAUGAUAAUGCACCGCGUUUCUACACAUCCCAAUUUCAAGAGUCGGUAUUGGAAAAUGUUCCCGUGGGUUAUAAUAUUAUCCGGGUUCAGGCAUACGACAGCGAUGAGGGUGCUAAUGCUGAAAUAACUUAUAGCAUUUCGGAACGAGAUGAUAAUUUCCCAUUGGCUGUGGAUCCAAGGUCGGGUUGGGUGCAUACCAUUAAGCAAUUGGAUCGUGAGGAACAGAAUCGUUAUGCAUUUCAAGUUAUUGCCAAAGAUGGUGGUGUGCCACCCAAAUCAGCCAGUUCCACCGUGGUGAUAACGGUACAGGACGUCAACGAUAAUGACCCGGUAUUUAACCCAAAAUAUUAUGAAGCCAAUGUGGGAGAGGAUCAACCACCGGGGACGCCAGUUUGUACUGUGACUGCCACAGAUCCUGAUGAGGAUAGCCGUUUACAUUAUGAGAUUACAUCGGGUAAUACCCGAGGACGUUUUGCCAUAACCUCACAAAAUGGUCGCGGUUUGAUUACCAUAGCCCAGUCGCUGGAUUAUAAACAGGAGAAGCGAUUUUUACUGACCAUAACAGCCACGGAUUCGGGAGGAAGGGCCGACACCGCCACAGUGAACAUAAAUAUUACAGAUGCCAAUAAUUUUGCUCCGAUCUUUGAGAAUGCUCCCUAUAGUGCAUCGGUGUUUGAGGAUGCUCCAAUUGGCACCACGGUACUGGUGGUAUCGGCCACUGACAGUGAUGUUGGUAUAAAUGCCCAGAUAACAUACUCCUUGAAUGAGGAAAGCAUCAACGGACUGGGUAGUCCAGAUCCAUUUUCAAUUAAUCCCCAAACCGGAGCCAUUGUGACCAGCGCCUUGCUGGACAGAGAGACAACCAGUGGUUAUUUGUUGACCGUAACAGCCAAGGAUGGUGGCAAUCCCUCGUUGAGUGACACCACAGAUGUGGAGAUCAGUGUCACCGACGUCAAUGACAAUCCGCCACAUUUUAAGAAUCCCCUUUAUCAGGCUUCCAUUCUCGAAGAUGCCCUAGUGGGUACAUCAGUUUUGCAAAUUGCAGCCACCGAUCCAGAUAUUGGUCUAAAUGGACGCAUAAAAUAUUUGCUCAGUGAUCGUGAUGUGGAAGAUGGUUCAUUUGUGGUGGAUCCCACCUCGGGUACCAUACGUACCAACAAAAACCUGGAUCGUGAAAGUGUGGCCAUAUACCAUUUGACAGCCAUUGCUGUGGAUAAGGGAUCACCGCCCAUGUCGAGUACGGUGGAGGUCCAAAUACGUUUAGAAGAUGUUAAUGAUUCACCACCCACCUUCCCUUCGGAUAAAAUAACCCUCUAUGUCCCGGAAAAUUCUCCUGUUGGUUCGGUGGUUGGGGAGAUACAUGCUCAUGAUCCCGAUGAAGGUAUAAAUGCCGUGGUCCAUUACAGCAUAAUUGGCGGGGAUGAUUCGAAUUCCUUUUCCCUGGUAACACGGCCGGGUUCGGAAAGGGCCCAAUUGCUGACCAUGACAGAGUUGGAUUAUGAAUCGAAUCGUAAACGUUUUGAAUUGGUCAUAAGGGCCGCCUCGCCACCCCUAAGAAAUGAUGCCCAUGUUGAGAUAUUGGUCACCGAUGUCAAUGACAAUGCCCCCGUUUUGAGAGACUUUCAGGUGAUUUUCAACAACUUCCGUGACCAUUUUCCAAGUGGAGAUAUUGGUCGGAUACCAGCUUUCGAUGCCGAUGUCAGUGACAAGCUAACCUAUCGCAUACUAUCCGGAAACAAUGCCAACUUGAUAAGAUUAAAUCAGACAACAGGCGGCCUAAGUCUGAGUCCCCAGCUGAACACGAAUGUACCGAAAUUCGCCACCAUGGAGGUGUCGGUGACGGAUGGCAUUAACGAGGCCAAGGCCAUAAUGCAAUUGGCAGUGCGUCUCAUUACCGAGGAUAUGCUCUUCAAUUCGGUAACAGUUCGCCUCAAUGAAAUGACGGAGGAGGCCUUUCUCUCGCCACUGCUGAACUUCUUUUUGGAUGGUCUGGCCGCCAUAAUCCCCUGUCCCAAGGAGAACAUUUUCAUAUUUUCCAUACAGGAUGACACCGAUGUCACUUCGAGAAUUUUGAAUGUCAGCUUUUCGGCCAAACGUCCGGAUGUAUCGCAUGAGGAGUUCUACACACCACAAUAUCUGCAGGAGAGGGUUUAUCUGAAUCGUGCUAUCUUGGCUAGACUGGCCACCGUGGAGGUCUUGCCCUUCGAUGAUAAUCUGUGUGUCCGGGAGCCAUGCCUGAAUUUCGAGGAAUGUUUGACGGUUUUGAAAUUCGGCAACGCCUCUGAUUUUAUACACAGCGAUACGGUGCUAUUUCGUCCCAUUUACCCGGUGAACACUUUUGCCUGUUCCUGUCCCGAGGGUUUUACGGGGAGCAAGGAACAUUAUCUCUGCGAUACCGAAGUGGAUCUUUGCUAUUCAGAUCCCUGUCAAAACGGCGGCUCCUGUAUGCGUCGAGAGGGUGGCUACACCUGUGUCUGUCCGCCCAGCCACACUGGAGUGAAUUGUGAAACUGAUAUUAAAAAGCUGAAGCCUUGCAUGUCGGACAUCUGUGAGGGUGGUUUGUCCUGCAUGAACAACUAUAUGACCAGCCAACCGCCGCCCUAUACGGCAACAUGUGAGCUGCGUUCCCGUUCGUUCUCACGCAACUCUUUCCUCACCUUUGAGAGCAUGAAGCAGCGUCAUCGUUUCAAUAUCAAGUUACGUUUUGCCACCGUCCAUGAGAAUGGUCUGCUGCUCUACAAUGGGCGCUACAAUGAGCUGCAUGAUUUUGUGGCCUUGGAAGUAGUGCAGGGUCAUGUCACAUUCACUUUCUCGCUGGGCGAUCGCAGUGAAAAGGUGGCUGUUUUCCAGCAGAGAAAAGUAUCUGAUGGCCAAUGGCAUGAUGUGGAGGUAAAUUAUUUGAAUCGCACAGUGACCCUGAUUGUGGACUCCUGUGAUACAGCCGUGGCCUUGGCGGGCAAUUUUGGCGACAAGUGGAACUGUGCCAAUCAAACCACAUUGAAAUUGGAUAAACGCUGUUCCCUGCUAACCGAGACCUGUCAUCGUUUUUUGGAUCUAACCGGACCCCUGCAGAUUGGUGGUCUGCCACGCAUUCCGGCCCAUUUUCCCAUUGAAAAUCAAGAUUAUGUGGGUUGUAUUUCCGAUUUGAGAAUUGAUGAACGUUACAUCGAUUUGAAUUCCUAUGUGGCAGAUAAUGGCACGAUUUCAGGAUGUCCUCAACGUAACCCACUGUGCUCUUCGGAACCCUGUUUCAAUGGUGGUGCCUGUCACGAGGGCUGGAAUACCUACACAUGUGAAUGUCCUGAAGGUUAUGCCGGCAAUAAUUGCCAGGAAACCAUACCCGCCCCCUGGCGUUUCUCCGGAGAUGGUAGCCUAAGCUUCAAUCCCCUGCUCAGGCCUAUACAAAUGCCUUGGGUCACAUCGCUGGCCAUAAGGACCCGUCAACGCAAUGCCUUCCUGAUACAAAUACAAAUCGGACAAAACAGCUCGGCAGUGGUAUGUCUCAAGGAUGGCAUUUUAUAUUAUAUCUUCGAUGGUGAACCCAUGUUUUUGGCUGGAGCCUUUUUGGCCGAUGGCGAAUGGCAUCGGGUGGAGAUAAAAUGGAUGGGUUCGGAAAUAUUGUUUUCAGUAGAUUUUGGUCAGCGCACAGGAGCGGUGCCCAUAUCACAAAAAAUCCAAGGCCUGUAUGUGGGCAAAAUUGUCAUCGGCAGUCCGGAUAGCUCCAUUGGUCAUGUGGAUGAUUUGCUUUCCUACGAGGGUUGCAUACAAGAGGUACGCAUUGGAGCCUCCCAAGCGGUGUUGUCCAGGCCCACUAUUCGUGAAAAUGUUGAAGAUGGUUGCCUGUCCAAGGCCGAGUGCCCGGUGACAUGUCCCCCGCAUUCGAGCUGUACCACUUCCUGGGAUCAUGCGGAGUGUGAAUGUUUGCCAGGUUAUGUGGGGCCCGAUUGUCUGCCAAUAUGUACGGUGAAACCCUGUAUGGCCGGAGUGUGUCGUGCCAAUAUCUCAGAGCCCAAGGGCUAUCAUUGUGAAUGCAAUUCCACCUAUCAACAUGGAGAAUAUUGUGAAAAGACGGUUCAGCAACCCUGUCCAGGAGGAUGGUGGGGUGAAAAGGUAUGCGGCCCCUGUAAAUGUAAUGUCAAGCAGGGCUAUCAUCCCGAUUGCCACAAGACCACCGGCCAAUGCCAUUGCAAGACAAAUCAUUAUCAGCCAAUAAAUGAGACCGCCUGUAUACCCUGUGACUGCUACUCCAUUGGAUCGUUUAACAGUGCCUGUAAUCCGCUGACGGGUCAGUGUGAAUGCCGGGAGGGGGUAAUUGGUCGUCGCUGUGAUUCCUGCUCUAAUCCCUAUGCCGAGGUCACCCUAAAUGGUUGUGAAGUGGUCUACGAUGCCUGUCCCAGAUCUUUUGCAGCCGGAGUAUGGUGGCCUAGAACCCCCUUGGGCAGUACAACAGUGGAGAACUGUCCCACCCCCUCCAAGGGUAAGGGUCAGCGGACAUGUGACAGUUUGUCGGGUGGAUGGAAUAUUCCCGACAUGUUCAAUUGUACCUCCGAGCCAUUUGUGGAGCUACGCAAACAACUUUCCCAGUUGGAAAAAUUGGAACUGGAAUUGAAUUCCUUUGUGGCCAUAAAGACGGCGGAAAAUCUACAGAAGGCCUGUACCACAGUGGAUCGUAGUUCCAAGGUCCAUAAGAAACCGUUGACCAAAGAUCAUCGGCGCUAUAAAAUGGAAUCUUCUUUCCUGCUGAAUGAAAACAACAAUGUAUGGUCACAUGAACUGGAAAUGGAAUAUCUUUCGGAUGAAAUGAAAUUCUCCCAUGAUCGUCUGUAUGGGGCAGAUCUCUUGGUCACAGAAGGUUUGCUGCAGGAACUCAUAAAUUAUGAACUCAUGCAGAAUGGUUUGAAUUUAACCCACUCCCAGGAUAAAUAUUUCAUCAAAAAUCUCGUGGAGGCAGCCAGUGUUAUUUUGGAUCGUAAAUACACGGCCGAAUGGAAGAGGGCCUCAGAACUGAUACAACGUGGCCCCGAUGACCUGCUGGAUGCCUUCAACAAAUAUAUGGUCAUAUUGGCUAGAUCCCAACAUGAUACCUAUACGAAUCCCUUUGAAAUUGUACAGCCUAACAUGGCUUUCGGGUUGGAUAUUGUAACGGCCGAGUCGUUGUUCGGUUAUGAACCCGAACAGCUGAGCGAAUAUCAUAAAACGAAAUAUUUCAAGCCGAAUGCCUUUACCACGGAGAGUAUUAUUUUGCCCGAUACCAGUGGAUUCCUGCAACAUUCGGCCAAGCAGAAACCGGUUAUUACCUUCCCCAAAUACAACAACUACAUUCAGGAUAAAAGUAAAUUUGAUAAAUACACCAAGGUUCUGGUACCGUUGGAUAUGUUGGGCAUUACACCACCCGACAGCAAUGAGGUGACCUACGGGACAAAUGACUACAAGGCCAUAAUAUCCUAUGCCCAGUACAAGGAUGUGGGUCAAUUGCUGCCGGAUAUGUUCGAUGAAACCAUCACCCGACGCUGGGGUGUUGACAUUGAGGUGGCCUCACCCAUCUUGUCGCUGGCCAUAUUGGUGCCUUCUACCGAGGCCGAGGAGAAACGCAUAGAAAUCCCUUAUCGUAAAAUCUCAUCACAGAAAACCUAUUCGGCCACUGGAUCCAGUGAACAGGAAUUCAUUGAGGUCUUUGAUGUGCCCAAGAAACAUGGCGGCAGUGGGAGUCAGGCCAGCUCGAAUUCGGCUAGUGAGGAGCAUAUGAUUGAAAAUAUACGCAUAACAGCUCAUGAGAUUCCACCAGCAUCGUCGUCGUCCUCGGGCACCUCCUCUUCGAGGGAGCAUGACAGUAACGAGGCCAUGGAAAUAGAAGAUCCCGAAGAGCCUCAUUUGAAUGUACGCUUCGAUGACAACAUUGAAUUCCAUGGCAAUUCGGGAGAAGAGGUCAUCAACUCCCCCGAAGAUAUGGGCCACUAUGAUCAAUCCCAGGAACAACAUGAACAUUCCCAGGAACAUGAGGACUUGAAUCCUGGCAAAGGAGAAAAUGAAGCAUUCUAUCGCAAUCGUCGUUUGGUCAAACGCCAGGUUGAGGUCAUCUAUCCCAGUGAACAGUCACAAAAGUCUCAACACAUUUCCUAUCGCUCGCUGGGCUCGCCACAUCUCUCACAGCCCAUCAAACUGCAAAUGUGGCUGGAUAUUGAGCCAGGACGUUUUGGACCCCGUUCCAAUCCUCAGUGUGUCCGUUGGAAUUCCUUUACCAAUCAGUGGACACGAUUAGGCUGUCAAACUGAUAUACCGGAUUAUGACAACAUUCAUCUGCUGCAGGUUCCCAGCAAUGCGAAUCGGGGUGAUGGUGCUGCUGCAACACUCCAACCACCACCCAUCAUUGUCAAUUGCACCUGUACGCACAUCUCCAAUUAUGCCGUCAUUGUUGAUGUCAUCGAUCCCGAGGACAUACCCGAACCCUCGCUGCUCGUUCAAAUCACUUCAUAUUCAGCAUUCCUCGUCUCACUGCCCGUCCUCCUGAGCGUUCUGAUUGCACUCGCUCUGUUACGUGGCCAACAGACCAACUCGAAUACCAUUCAUCAGAACAUUGUCCUGUGUGUCUUCUUUGCCGAAUUGCUGUUCUUUGUCGGCAUGCAAUCACGUCGUAAUUUGCUCGAAAACGAAUUCCCCUGCAAACUGAUUGCGAUUUGUUUGCAUUAUUUCUGGUUGGCCGCCUUCGCCUGGACGACGGUGGACUGUGUGCACUUGUAUCGGAUGCUAACGGAGAUGCGUGAUAUUAAUCAUGGUCCGAUGGGUUUCUACUUUGCCAUGGGUUAUGGUGCGCCCGCCAUUGUUGUGGGCCUGUCGGUGGGUGUGCGUGCUCACGAAUAUGGAAAUAGUCUGUUCUGCUGGUUAUCUGUCUACGAACCUGUUGUCUGGUGGCUUGUUGGUCCAAUUGCUGGAAUGUCUGUGGUUAAUUUACUCAUACUCUUCGUAUCCGUAAAAGCGGCAUUUACCCUGAAAGAUCAUGUGUUGGGUUUUGGCAAUUUACGUACCCUUUUAUGGCUUUCGGUGGUAUCUCUACCCCUGAUGGGUGUUAUGUGGGUGCUGGCCGUACUGGCAGCCUCCGAAAGUUCUCAACUGCUAAGUAUGUUACUAUCCGGUGUGGUGGUAUUGCAUGCAGUUUUUUGUCUCGUCGGCUACUGCAUUAUCAACAAGAGAGUAAGAGAAAAUCUACAAAGGACCUUCCUGAGAUGCAUGGGACGUAAGGUACCUCUGCUGGAUUCCUCGAUGGUGGUCAGUAAUAGUUCGCACAAUGUCAAUGGGACCAAUGCGAGGCCCAAUAACUUUCUCAACGCCAAUGGUUAUGAUACACAGCGCCGAAACGUGGGUAUAAGUGUUUCCAGUACCACAUCGCGCAGUACCGCCAAGACCAGUUCCAGUCCAUACAGCGAUGGCCAGUUGAGACAAACCUCAACUUCCACCUCGAAUUACAACUCCAAUUCUGAUGCCCCCAGUUUCUUGCGGGGUUUUGACUCAUCCACCACCAGUGGCCAGAGGGAGGGCAAGUCCCGGCGACAUCAUCGCAAAGAUUCCGACUCCGGCUCUGAGACUGAUGGUCGUUCGUUGGAGUUGGCCUCUAGCCAUUCUAGUGAUGAUGAUGAGUCCAGAACUAAUCGUUCUUCUACCACCGGCACAGCCACCAGCACCCAUCGCAGUACUGCCGUAAGCAUAACUCCUUCCUAUCUGCCCAACAUCACCGAGCAUGUCCAGGCCACCACCCCGCCAGAGCUGAAUGUCGUACAAAGUCCUCAACUCUUCCCGAGUGUCAAUAAACCUGUCUAUGCUCCCAGAUGGUCUAGUCAACUGCCAGAUGCUUAUCUGCAAUCCCCACCAAACAUGGGUCGUUGGUCACAAAACACCGAAUCAGAUAAUGAACACAUACAACAUCAUGGUCAGAAAAUGACCAUCUCACCCAAUCCCCUGCCCAAUCCUGAUCUCACUGAUACCUCAUAUUUACAACAACAUCACAACAAAAUCAAUAUGACACCAUCGAUAUUGGAGAAUUUGCAAAAUGCUCGACCCUCGGAAAGUUAUGAUGCCUUGGAAAGGGAAAGUCUGUAUGGCAGAAGGCCGGACAACUAUGGUCAGUAUGAUACCAUGCCACCGAAUAUAACGAACUACAAGCCUCCCAGUCAUUAUGGCAGUGAGCAUGAUUACAGUGGCAGCAAUGGAAACAACAGUAAUGGUACAGGCAGCGGAGGUGGUGGUGGUGGGGGUGGCAGCUCCAAUGGCAAUGGUGGCACACAGAUUGUCAAUCACAUGAGAACCUUUAACAAUGACAAUGCCUAUCUCAGCGAUAGCAUCUACGAUAAGCAGAGAACUCUUGGCUCCCCAUAUAUGUCCAAAGAUCGCAUUGCUCCCGAUAUUUAUGGGUCGCGAGAGAAUCACUAUAGUCUGAAGAAACAUCAACCACCUCCCAUGUAUGGUACCGAUUCCGUGCAUUCGGUACAUUCCCUGCUGCGCAAUGACUAUCACCAACAACAACAACAGCAGCAGCAACAACAAAGACUGCAUCAUCAAGAUCAUCAUUCGGAUCGUUUAUCGGAAAAUUCCGAUAAGAAUGGUUAUCAUUUUCCCUAUACCGCCGAGGAGGAUCACCUGACAACAAAUGCCAGAAAACUAAGUCUACAACAUUCACAUUCGCCAUCGCUGCAUGGCGGCUCACAACAGAUCCUCAAUGGGCAUCAUCCGCAUCAUAUGGGGCCACAGGGUAUGGUAAAUGAUAUCAAUAAUCCUGGACUGAUGGGAAGACAUACCCUGAAUGGCUCUCGCCAUAGUUCCAGAGGUUCAUCACCACCCACAUCAAGUAUAGCACCCAUGCAGCCACUGGCACCCUUGACCAGUAUUACCGACACAGAGAGGAAUAUUGAUGAUGAUGAGACAACCGUAUAAAAAUAACUGUAAACUGGCAGCAGAAGCAGCAAAUCAAAUCAAGCAAUGACAACAACAAGAACAACAACCCCGCAAUCAAUAACAAAUUGACCUGGGGUAAUAAUGAAAGGCUGGCCAGUGAAACAACAAUAAUCCCUGAUCGCUGCUGUCAUCAUCAAUAAAUCGCAACAAAAACAAAAAACAACAACAACAACAACAAUAAAUGAUUCCUUAUGCGCCAUAAAAGUAAGAGAAGUAUUUAUAUAACAA